AGGCGUUGUCGAUAUUAUACUUCUGUGGCUACUGCACGUGUUGACGUUUCUGCAACGCAAAUUGAAUAUAUUCUGCCGAUCCUUAAAUAUAUAGUAUUAUGGGUCGCCAAAAUCGUUCGCGCAAACGCCGCGAUGAAAUGAACAAAAUCAAGAAGGCGCGCUAUGACGCCAAGGAAUUAAUACGGCUGAAGAAAACAUUGGGUCUGCUGGAUGCUGAUGGCAAGGAAAUCAAAAUGGAAAUUGGCGAAGUUGCUGAAAUUAAGACAUCUAAAGAGAUUAAGAGAGCAGCCAAGACCAAAGAGCAGCAGGAGCUGAUGUACGAGCAUCAAGAGAGUCUAGAGAAGGGCCAAAAGAUCAGACAAGUGAACGAGAAAACAGGCGUUGAGCACGUUUUCAAUAGUAAAACGCUCAAAGAUCAAUUUGGCAAUUAUCCCGAGUGGUUUAAACGAAAGAAGACAGCGAAGCGUCUACGCAAGAAGCAGCACGCACAAAAGAAGAACUUCAAGCAGGCUUGGACAACGGUGAAUGUGCCGUUAUAAAAGGGAAUGCCCAAAGUGCCACGCCCAACCACGCCUAGUUGUUAAGUACAUAGCAUAUAGUAAAAAAUCUGUUUAGAGUCAACUUA